ACAGACGAAUGAAAAAAACACCAAUUCAUUCGCGAGAACAGUCGGAAAGCACAUGUCAUAAUACUGUUGUAAGCGACCCACAACAAGCGUGUGGAUAGGUUACGUUUGUGACAAUUGUGUGAUCAUACUACAGUCAUUAAAGUAGAUAAAGGAAGGCAAGAUGAUCCAGCGUCCCAAAAGGGGAGAAACGGAUGAGGAUCUCCUGCGCCAAGAAGAAGAAUUUUUAGCACGUGCAAACUCCCGUCCUGCGGCUACAGUAGUAUCUGUCAAUAAAAGAAAAACUGAGGAGGAGGAUGAAAAAAAGACUGAACCACAAAAACCACAGUCCAAGUUUGCAAGGGAGCGUGCCAACAAGAAGAAAAAGGAGGGAAUAGUCGACAACACUGUCCUGAAAGAAGCAGCAUCAAGAGAGGAGAGAGUUGCAGUUUUGGGCCGCAUUGUGGAGAGAGUUGUACCCCCUAAUGUAAGUCUUGAGGACUGGAAACCAGAAGCAAAUCCCCAUGGCUUCCCAAAAGCACACCAGCUUUCAAACUUAAAACAUGGAACCCUUUCUUCAGACCCAAAUCUCCUCACUGGAUCCAGAAAGAAGUCCCUCUACAUGCAGGAAUUGGAGGGAAAAGGUGCCAUAAAGAAGCAAGGCAAUCAAGAGGCAGGAGCGUCCCCUUCAGCUAGCCCUGUAGUUUCAUCUUCAAACGUGGAAGAUCCAAGAAUUUCUGCGCUGGGACAGCAAAGUUACAUCAUUCAAGGAGAUAUCUCAGAAGCACAGAAGAUUCACAAUGAAAACAUCAACAAAAUUGCUAGCAUGUCACAUGAUGAGCGCCUAAAAGCUCAGCAGGAACUGAUGGCCAGCUUAGGCCCUAAGGAGCUAAACUUCUUACAAUCAUUGAGAAAGAAAAAGGAAAUGUUGAAGUUGCAGCAAACAGAAAGUGAACCCAUGGACUGUGAAGCUUCAGGAAAAGCAAGAACAAAGCCACUUGCAUCUCCCACACCUCCAAGCAGUGCAUACAAGGGAGAGGAAUUGCGGAAAGUGAGGUUUUCGGAGGAUGUGGAGAUGGAGACCGAGGGAACAUCAACAAGUUCAGUUCCUGAUGAUUCCACUAUCAACGAGAAUGAGCUCCCCAUACCCCCAUCUGAAGCUAAGAAGUGGAUCCACAUGGAUAAAGUUGAUUUAGAGAAGCUCAAGUGGAUGACAGAUAUGCCUAAGCCAAAGCCACUAAAGAAUAAUGAAGGGUUUGUUGCAAGAUUCAACUUUGACGGUGACAUUUUGCCUUAUGAUGCAGAUGUUUCAUACCGCGAAGCAUUGCACCAUCAUGGAGAAGAACCAGGACGUGCUGGAUACACCCUUGAUGAGCUCUUCAUACUUAUCCGCUCUAAAGUGUUGCAGCAACGACACAUAGGCCUGCGCACUCUGGCCAAUAUACUGAGGAAUGCAAAAGAAGGCCUAUAUGACACAGCUGUGAAUCCUCCAAUUAUACAAUUAAUGGUAGAGGCAGGUGUAGUACUCCUUCUCCGCUUCGCCCUCGAUGAAUCUUCACAUCAUGUGUAUGGGGAAGCUGUACGGGGCCUCUAUUACCUUUUAUCCAGUGAACCAGAUGAGCAUUGCCUGGCCAUGGCCCAGCCUUGGGCUCCUGCUGGCCUUGAACCAGGGGUGUCUAGUAAUAUCCAUGCAAGUGAGAAGUCUCGCAAAGAAUUGGAUGAAGAAGAGAAGGAACUGAAGGACAUUGAGGUGAUUAAACUUGAUGUUAUCCGGGCUCUUAUCAGGAUGGACACCCACAUCAGGCUCAGGUACAUCCUAGAGACUGUUAAGCCAAAUCCAGACACAGUAAUCUACACACUAGGCAUCAUGACUCGAGUCGUCCGCCACUCACUCACAGCUGCAUGGAAAUUGGUCCAGACUCCCCGCCUUCUGUCAGUGAUACUGGACAAUUUCCUCCCACACAACUUGUCUCCAUUGCUCACUGGUGAAAAUGUCUCUUCAAUGUCAUCUGUAUAUGGGGUCCCUCUCAAACAGGCUCUUCGUCUCUUAAGGGUCUUAGCAGCAAGAGGUCGUCAGUUGGCAGCAGUCCUGGUCAAUACCCAUGAUGUGAUGGGACGGAUCCUCACCUAUGUAUCCCUGGAGCCCAGUGAGGUGGGCAUACCCCUCCAAGAAGCUCUUUCCCUCAGUCAGGAAGCAUAUGCCACAUGGGCCACUCUUUUGGCAUAUGGACUGUCAAAAGCAGAGGAAGCCAUUGCUAACUUCUAUCCACUCAUUGUGAAACAAUUAGUGUUCUACAGAGAUAAAGUUCCCAUCAAUGAAGAGACUGAGAAGAAUAAAUUCAACUAUGAUGUUGGUGCACAGCUGAUCAAUACUCUGACCCGUGCUGUGAAUGUGGCUGCUUCACAAUCUUUGCUCAGUAGUAGAAUGAAGCUGAACCAGGGGACAGUCAUAGGAGCCAGUGGAAAGGCAGAAGUUUUGCCUCCUCCAUCUCUUUCCUGGGAUGACCUCAGUGAUAUCCCACAGCUGAUAGAGACAUGUCUGAAGAAGUGGCUGGUUCAGCUUGAACGAUCUGGACAAACAAGUUUCUCAGCACUCCGUCUGUUGGGCAGUUGCUGCAGUUUCUUAGAUGCCUACUAUUUGAAAUGGAAAGAUCAGAGUUCAUACAGUGGAGAGAUGUGUAAUCAAAAGCUUCAAAAAUUGCAUGAUGAAGUGAUUCUUCCCUUCCUAAAUUCUACUUGUUUUAGCAAUUUAGUGAGCAGCCUUUCUAAACAUUCAUCUUUUAUCUGUGACUAUCAGGUUGGUACAAAACGAGACCCAGUCAACCUUGGUUCUCUUGGUUGUGUGACACAUGGAGGAAAAAUUGUACCUGUUGUGCAAAUUACAUCUCCAUUUCCUCUACUCCUUCCAUUAUCAUCUCUUUUAGUUAUCCUUCAUUCCCUCCAUCCAUUCCUGGAUGCACAAGGAACCAAAUUCUUGAAUUUGCCUGAACUUUCUUCAUACUUUCAAAAGGUAUGUUGUUCUCAUCAGCAGUUAUCAGAACAUUGGUUAACAAGAGUGGAGGUCCAUAUGAUUUCCAACCUUUUGCAUUUAGCAGCUUUAAAAGGCUGUACUGAAACCAGUAUAUUUCAUGAAACAGCAAUGUGCAUCAUGGCCUGCAUUCAGAAAGGUGAUGAACACCUAAUAGAAAAGUUGUUGAGCAAUGUAAUCUGUUCUCCAGAAUUUACAUCUGAUUUAUCUGAGAUGAGCUCACAGGUUGAUAAUCUAGCACUGAAUGAUUAUGAGCCUCUUAUCUCCCCGGCAAAAGUUCAACCCAUUUUGUCACCAAGGCAGUUGACAGAGAGAAUAUCCAGUUCUUUAGUUUCUAUUUGCAGUGAAUUAGUAGGUACCUUGGCCAGCAAAAGAGAAUAUGAGGCCAGCAAGAUUUUGAGAAAUGGUAUUCAUUUUGCAACCAAUGGCAUUACAAUAGAUCAGACAGAGACACCAUUGGCUCUUGGCAAGUGUUGGCCACUUGAACCAAUCAAAUAUGUAUACAAGACUUCGAGGAUACAACCUUUACCUCAAAAAACUGAUGACCUUCCAAAGAAAUUCUCAAGUGACCAGUCAUCCCCAGAGGACAUUUUGACUGUCACAAGGUGCUUGCAAAUGGCAUACCUUGGCAUCAAGUACCGAAGAAGGAGUAUUUUGCAAUCUGCUGACAUCAGCUCAUGGUUGCAGCAUCUCUCUCUAGUGUUCCUUGUAGCCAGUGAUAUUUUCCUUGAUGCAGACGUAGGUUCCUAUCUCCAAGGUACAGUAAUAGAACUGCUACGUAAUGGAGGGUAUUCUGAGCUUGACCCAAAGCUUACUAUAGAAGGUUUUAAUUCUAGCAUUAGUUGGUAUAAAGAACUUCUAGAGCAGUUUCUUGCAGUGUCAUAUGGUGACUCCACUUUUGCACUAUUUCUCCUUAUCCCCGUUCAACAGUACUGGCCUAUUGAAUAUCGUAAGGAACUCUGGGGUGACAUGUCUGAUGCACUGACCUUCUUCCGUCUCACUCCAAAGCAGGUAGAACAGUUCAUUCCACUGAAGCAGUUCUUUGAGCCAAGAGAAGAAGAUGAAGGUCUCAUCAUCAAAUACAGGUCAAACCUUGGUAGUGGUAAUGUUUCUGAAGCAAGAAAUUCAUUUCUUUUCACUGUUGCCUCUCAUCAUAUCAGGUCACACAUAAAGAGGGGACAAACAUAAUGUCAGCAACAAGUAAAUGUCAAUUUUUAAAAAAAUUACUUUUCUCAUCGAAAUUGAUAAAACUAUUUCUUUGGUAUAUUUUUCUAUUGUGUAAUUUUAAGUUCAACCAUAAUUUGAUGCCGUAAAUGGAUUAAAUUCUUAUGAUAUACUGUAUAAUUUUCAUUCAGAAGAAAUAUACAUAUACAUAUGAAGUAUUAAAUUAUUUAACCCUGUCUUUAUCUGAGCUCUCCCUCAAAUGUAUACACUCUAUUUCCCACAGUGUGUAGGGUUGUGUAUAUGUUAUUAUUGUAUCCAAACUAUACGCUCUCCAUUUUUUAAUACACUGCUGUAUGCUCAAACCCCACAUAAGACUAUUGAAAAAGAAAUUAAAUAUU